AUGGAGCAUCUACCUGUGCAUCUUGCAUAUGAAGCCUAUCUUGGAGACCCCGUUCAAUACAGGUGGAUGUAUCCCUUUGAAAGAUUCAUGGGUGAUUCAAAGCGAUCAAUGAAAAAUAAAGCUAAAGUUGAAGGAUCAAUAUGUGCACAUUAUUUGCAUCGGGAAACAUCACAUUUUUGCAGUCAUUAUUUCAAUCAUUUGAUGUUAACUCCAAGAAUCAUAAGGAAUGAAUUUGAUGUUAACAAAAGAAGUCAAUUUACCUUGUCAAUCUUUGGUCUUCCCGGUCGCCCUUCUGGAAAGGAUAAUGUGCAUUGGCUGACCCAAAAAGAAUUGCAAUCUGCACACGUUCAUGUUCUAAUCAACUGUAUUGAAGUUAAGCCAUAUCUUGAGGCAUUUAACGCGUUCUAUUUUCAAAGCACCGGUGAACAAGCAACUACCGGUCACAUACAUGCAUCUUUUCCAGCAUGGUUCAAGGAUCAAUUGUCAUGCAUUGUUGCACCGACUCAAGAAAUACUUCAUUUGCGAAACUUAUCUAGAGGGCCUGUUCAAAGAGCAAUUGAAUGA